GCAGAUUUCACUUGUACGCCACGCAGGCAAAAAACGUGCCGACAUACAAAACGAGCUCAAUUCGCCAAAACGAGUCCUCGCGAUCCAAGAGUAAGGAUGUCCACUGCGGAAGUAAUUCAGUGUGCGAACUGCACCUUCACCACACUCACUCAGAAGGGACUCACGAUCCACCUGAGGAAAAUGCAUCAGAUCGUCUCCCAUGACCGUAAGCCUCGAAGAACCCAAAACCGGAGACAAGGGAUUCGUCUCGCGAACUGCAGCAUGAGCGCGAAAUCAUGGGGUCUUCCCUUCGUCUGCGUGAUCUGCGGAUACCGAACAGCCGAGAAAUCGGUCAUCAAGGAACACGUCGAUAAAAAUCAUGGCAGAGUGGAGGAAUAUAAAUACAAUGGAUCUCAGUUCGAGCCCACGUUCAACGCUUCUGUAGUACAGGCUGUCGGCUCGUCGUCCGGCCAGGAUCGUUGUGUGGGACCUACUCGCUCGCCGCAGCUGUAUCCGAUCCGACAAGAGUUCAAGAAGAUAAUGAACUGUCAAAACAUGGUCGUCGGUUAUAGCAGUAAACCCAAUAUGACCGAUAUGAUGCAACAGCCCUCGCCGCAGUAUCAGUUUCAUGGAGAGCUCGAACAAAGCUACCUGACGUGCCCUGCUGAAACCGCUUCGAUCAACAAAGAAGAGACCUGUAGCGAAGGACCCGAUGAAGAAGAUGAAGACGUCACCCUAUACGAUGAAUGAGCCACAGAGACCUCACUGUCGCGACUCCUUGUCGUCAUGCAGCCCGACCCCAGACACGGAUUCAUUAGGUAGAUAUCCCCUCAAUGUGGCCGCCUUCGAUGGCACCGGAUCCAGGACUCAAAGUUAGGUCGGGAUCCUCGAUAAGAGAGAGCAGAUUCGAGCCACAGGCUUCCUUGAAAGAGAGCCGGUACUACAUUAUGAGCGUGUCAGUAAGGUUGUCUAUUGGUUCGACACCGAUGGAGCUAUGAAAGACCUGUGUUCCGGAUUCGAAUUCUUCGUGGAAAGAAUGAGCUCCAGUGGUGAGUGGUGAAUAAGGGGCUCCUCCUCUCUUUGUCCGGAAUCUGAGGCCGAUGAGUGAAAUAAAAACUCGUUUCGAUUCUGG